CGUUAGUACCUCGUAAUUUGUAAUUAAGUGAGAACGUAGUCAUUCUGACCGUUCUUAAUGAUUCGUUUAACCGCGAACGUCGCCUCGUCACCUCCGUAAAAAUCCUCUAUUUUCGCAAUAACACCAAAAAUGAAUGAUGGCCCUUCGCGAAAAUUACACAGCAAUCAUUAACAAAACACAAAUUUAUUUCAUACGAAAAUAUUAAUUCUAAAAAUAGAGGGAUAGAAGCAGGUGUCACGGUUUACAAUUUUUUUUUUAUCAAUUUCUAGAUUUUUUUCGCGUUUAAAAUAAUACCUACUUAUAGGAGAUAUCGACGUCGUGUUGAAUAAAUUUCGCGUUCGUUCAUAGCACACCACAAUUUCGGUUAACCUUGGAAGACUACAUUUAAAACACUCUUCCGCACCCGGCCCCCAACAAGCAGUGAAAUUUUUAUCAAUACAUAACCGUACAGUACGUAUAUUGACUAGUUGUCGUUGUGUAUCUAUCUAUUCAACAUGGGUAAUCCUAAUUACCGGACAAUUUAUCGUCAAACUUUGGCUGAAAUACCGAGUAAUAUGCCUGGGAGAAUUUUCAAUCGGUCUGGCAUUCGGAUGGAUCGCACCAAUGAUCAAAGUAAUCUUAGAAGAUCCCCACAGCGAAAUUCCAGCAAACGAAGACGAAACUUCUUGGCUGGCGAGCCUGACUGAAUUCGGAAGAACUUUUGGACCACUAUUUUCACUCGUACUAUUGGACAUACUAGGACGAAAAAUCCUGCUGCAAUUCUCAUCGUUGAUAUUCUUCGUAAUUUGGUUAGCCAUCCUAUUCACUCGAUCGAUAACCAUUCUAUGCGUUACGUUUUUCGUAUUCGGAUUAGGUAUCGGAAUAUGCAACGCUACCUCGGCAGUUUACAUAGGAGAGAACUGUUCUCCAACACUUCGAGGUAUUUUUUGCAGCAUCAGCACCACUGGGUUUUACUUAGGUGUUCUAGUUCAAUUCAUAAUCGCGGGCUUACUAUCGUACCAUGCCCUAGCUGUGGUAAAUCUCAUAAUGGCAUUUGCCUGCUUAGUGAGCUCAUUGUUGUGCGUCGAAUCGGCUCAGUUCCUCAUGCUCAAAGGACGUUUCCAAAAAGCUGAAAAAAACAUGAUGUGGUUGAAGGGUACCGACAACAAGGACGAUAUUAUCUCAGAGUUUGAAAUAAUCAAAGCGAACAUCGCCUCGGAAAAAUUAAAGAAGACAUCCUACAGAGAGUUAUUCACCUCAAGAGCAAAUUAUAAAAGCUUGAUUAUAGUCCUUAUCCUGAAUAUGGGCCACGCCUCCACAGGAAAUGCUGCUUUGUUUACAUACAUCUCGAUAUUAUUUCCAGCCAAUGAAUUCUUCACUUCGUAUCAAGUCACUGUAUACUUUGGAAUCUCGCAAAUGGCUUUUUGUUUCGUAUCUUCUCUAAUAAUUGAAAAAUUUAGUCGAAGAACAUUGACGUUGUUUUCAUUCGCUAUGUUCCUACUAUGCCACUCGAGUGCAGCUUAUUUUUUAUACGAUUCUGCUAAAAAUGUUUCGUCAGCUUCGUACGGUGUUUGGAUGAUAUUUAUCUCAGUUUGUACUUUUUCUGGAGUCAGCGCAGUGCUCGACUCAGUAGUGCAUAUGCUCAGAGGAGAAUUAUUUCCACAAAGUAUUAAACCAAUCGGAUCUGGUUUAUCGAUAUCAGCGCAUUCUUUCAUGGAAUUCCUCACUCUGAAAAUUUUCUUAGUGAUCAAAUCGCAUUACGGGACGUAUGCGAAUUUUCUCGGUUAUGCUAUGAUCAGUUUAGCGUUAUUCUGGUUUAGUUACUUCUAUUUGCCCGAAACUAGAGGUAAAACACUGAUUGAGAUUCAAAAAUCGUUGGAAAAACCAAAAAAGGGCAGUAUUCGGAAUUACAGCGAAGAAGAGGAUAAGUUUAUUAAACAGCAACGGGAUGUGUUAUGAAUGAGCCAACAGCUCAAUACACUUUCAAAUUACACGAUCAGUUCAGGUACAAACGCCUAGUUCUUAAUUUGAAAUGAUUUACCUAAUUUAUAACGACAAAUCGACGCCGGUAAUGAAAUUCAAACAAAGUUAAAUUUUAUCAAAUGUAAAUAUGUGUAUUGAUAAAGAGUGAAACUAUAGUUGUAAGUUUUUGUACUUUCAAAUAGAUAGCUACGUUUUUUUAGUA